AUGGACACGGCUUUGGGAGCUUUGGUUCAUGCUAUGCGAGAGCCAGGGGUGCCGCCCGAUGACAAGGCAAGAGCAGCCAGAGGUGCUGAUUUGCUCCCUUUGAACGUGGAGGUUGUUGAGAUCUUUGUUGAGGCCGAGCCGUUGGUGAAGGACGCUAUGAAACUGUUGCUGUUGACUUUGAAUUACCUGUCCAUGGGUGGCAGAGUCAAUCGAAAAUUGGACUUGAGAAUCCCUGAGGAGUUGACAGAUGGACAGAAGCUGAUGUUGGAGCAUCUGCUCGAGCGCACGGUGGACCUUGGCGAGGAGGCUCUCCUAUGUCCUCCACUUAGUGAAGGGCGGUUGCUGUUGGGAAAGGCAAGAUUUGAUUAUGCAGGAGAGCCCAUUCAGCCGUUAGAGAUGCUUGAGGCCGAUAAGGUUAUAGCGGUCUGGCCCAAGGUUGGGGAGUGCGCAGUGCAGUCGGUGAUGGACUUCAUCCCAAGUGAUUUAGCAGAAAUGCUUGAGGAGCCCCGCAAUUGCCUGAAACCGGAAUGGGAAUGGCCUGAGCGGCCUCGUCGGAGCAGAGUUAUGGCGACCCAAGAUGAGUGGGAUAAGAUAGUUUCAGCAGCAUAUGCCCGGGGCUUGAUGGUUGGAGUCGAGGAGGAUCAGGUGUUCUGCGACAGCAGAGGAAACAAGGUCCUCAAUGGAGCUGGAGGAGUAAAGAAGGUGAAGAUGGUAGGUGGAGAAGAGAGAAUCUGCCAGCGUUUUAUUUCAAACUUGAUCCCAUCGAAUGAUUUCCAGGUGCACCUCAGCGGCGGAGACAAGUUCCUGCCCUAUCUGGGGCAGCUGUCACUUUUCCAGUUGGCUGACCACGAGGUUUUCCUGGUUGACUCAGAGGAUUUUUCGAGUUGCUUCAACCUCUUCACCCUUCCAGCUUGUUGGAGACCCUUCAUGUGUUUUGAGAAGACGGUUGAUGGAGGGCUGCUUGGACUUACCCCGGGAACCCGGGUGUACCCGUCUAUGGCAGUAGUGCCAAUGGGGUGGUUGAAUGCUGUGUCGACCAUACAGUCUGUGGUGCGCAGUUUGGUGUUUGACGGGGCAGAGAUCCCUGAAGAUAGCGAGGUGGCAAAGAUCAAGAAAUUGCCAUCAACUGACGAUCUCACUGUGAUAUACCUGGACUCUUAUGAUGAGGUUCGCCGCCUUGACAGGCAAUGUGCAGAGAUUCUGGAGGGGCAAGCAUCUGCCCGUCACCUCCGUUUCAAAGCUCUAUGUGAAAAGAAGGGCCUGCCACUCAAUGAGGCCAAACGGGUGAUAGGCGCCACCCGGGGUACCCUGCAGGGUGGAAUCCUUGAUGGCGACAAGGGAUGGUAUAAGCUCGAGAGCAAGAAGCAGGUGGACCUUGUCGGGUUAGGCGCAAGCAUGCUUACCCUGCCGAAGUGGCGGGAGUUUGAGAUUCGCCAUUUUGUGGGGAAAGCCACAUUUGGCUGCUGCUUCAGAAGACCACUCCUCAGCAUCAUGGAGGGCAUCUUUGAGGACUUGCGUGAAGUCAUGAAGGAGGGGCCCUUGGUGCCGUCAAGUGAGGCGAUAGAUGAGGUCAUUAUGCUGAUGGCUUCUACGUGCUUGAUGGGAUCCUCCCUCCGACUCAAGCUGGACGCAGAGAUCAGCUGCUCUGACGCAUCCCCGACAGGGGGCGGGGGGGCUGUGGCCACCCAAUUCAUGCCAGAGCCGUUUACGGUUGAUCACAAUGGUGAGGAGUGCUGGAACUGCGAUCAGCAUUUUAGAUGUGAGCAGCGUUACCCCUGCCCAGCAGGGUGUAAAGCCGUGUUCUGUGGCCUGGAGUGCAUGUGGGCGCACCGUGAUCCAGCCAGCCGGCAUCACGUGAGGGCUUGUGUCAGGGGAGACUGGCAUCCACCCAAGUUUGGGGAAAGGUUCGCGGGACCACACGCGCCCCUUACACAUGCUGUUGCGCAGGUGGGCGGAGUUGAAGUUCAACGUCCUUUUGAUGUCCUCACUGGUGACGAUUUCUUCACCGAUGCUGGCCGCAAGGUCUUGGAGGAGUUGGGGAACGAUCCCUGGCUCUACUGCGAGCACUGGGCCCCUGAGUGCCGCUUAUUUACCAGGGCUCGGGGAAAGCCGAUACGGCUCCGUGAUGGAAGGGGAUUCAAGGCACCUUAUGGGAUUUCCGCACUUGGAGCUGAGAUGAAGGCGAGACUGCGGAAGUCCAACAACAUGGCCCUGAAGGCUUUGACAGAGGUGCCUCGCCAUUGGACCUGUGAGCACCCAUACAACAGCUGGCUCUGGGAAUUCACCUUGGUGAAAAAGCUGGAAGAAGCUGGUUUUCAGCACGCAGCAGGGUCUAGUUGUUGCUUUGGAGGCCUUCGUGAGAAGUGGUACUCCUUCUUUGUGUCGUCAGAUGAGAUACGGUCCCGGUUGGAGAGACCUUGCCCAGGUCACACAGGCCUACUUACCUAUGAAGUUGAGGAACGCAGUGAUGGCUCCCUGCACUACCCUACUUCUGAGGAGGCAGAGUAUCCAUGGGCUCUCUGCAAAGAAUAUGCCAGGGGCUUGAAGGCUCAGAUUCAGAAAGAGCGGGUCCCUCAGCAGGUCCACCAAGAAGCCCGCGAAGGGUGGUACCUCAGGCAGCUGAUGAAGAGCACUGCCCGGCUACAGAAUGAGGAUUUGGGCAAGGCUAUGGCCCGCUACCUGACCCGCUGGGAGUCGGAGAUGCGAGCCGGUGAGGAGAUGCAUCAUCUCAUCGAUCUGCUGCAUUCAAGUUCGAUGCGAGGAACCGACAUCAGGUUUCAUAUGAGCCUCGGAGCGGACCACCAGCCCGAGGAGGUUCCUUACCCAGCUAUGCGCUGGCGGUGGCACACUGUUACUGCAUACCCAUGGAAGCAGGAGGCCCAUAUCAACGAAUUGGAGCUCAACGCCAUGGUCGUCAUGAGCAAGCACAGGGGCAGAUCAGUGGCCAAGUUUCACACCAGGUGGAUGCACGUUCUGGAUAGCAUGGUCAGUCGAGGAGCAAUUGCAAAAGGACGAUCUUCAAGUCGGAGACUCAACAAGGCCUUGAAGAAGCACGCAGCAGCCGUAUUGGCCCAGAACAGUCACCUGCUUUCCGCAGUGAAGCGGUUUCACCCGGAAUUCAAAAUGAAACUUCCGGUGUCGUCGCAACUAUAUCGCAAUUGGGUGCGAGCUUAUACACCCAAGCGGGCUGUUCCCGCCUCGUGGGAUUUGGUGGAAGCCAUGAUUGCCGUUAGCUAUCAGCAACGCAAUCCACCUUUGGGACUGCUGUUGGGGUUGGCUUUCCAUUGUAUGCUACGUACCUCAGAGAUGCUGCAGCUUACCCAUGCCCAUGUCAUGGUGCACCAGUCAGCGCAGGCGUUGAGCGUCGUGCUCCCCUCUGCUAAGACCUCUAUGGGCAAUGCCCAAGUGCUUCAGGUGGAGGACGCUCAGUUGGUUCGUAUGGCCAAGGCCAUCAUCAAAGCCAAGCGCAAGACAACGUUACUGUGGCCCCAUGGCUCUUCAAAAUUUCGAGAGAUGUUCCAAUCCCUUUUGAAGACUCUUGGAUUUGAGGCUGGCAGUUACCUCCCUUACUCACUUCGACGAGGGGGAGCGACCUGGUAUUACCAGGCUACCCUGUCAUUGGACGCGACAGUGGUGCGCGGCAGAUGGAGUUUCAACUGGUAUCAUUCACUUCGUGGUGAAGGGACCCGCUUCAUUCAGAUUGGCAACAUGUUCUCUGGACUGUACCUGCCCAUGAAGCUGCACAAGGAGAACUAUGUCCAUGAGAUCAUAAGGAAGCCCCUGAUGGUGGACCUGACCACUGCGCGGCACGCAGCCGAAGCCUCUGGUCGAAGAAGACCCCGUUCCUGGAGGGACGAUGAGUACUUGUUGACUCGGAUUCGGAAGUACGGAGGACGAAUGAAGGAGAUGGCUCCAGGGUUGUUGGAGUACGACGAGAUUUUGGAGCCCGAAGUGAAGAGUUUGCACCCCUCCGCAGCGGCCGAGCCAGGAAGCGGGAGACCAGAAGAAGAACUGAUGGCAGCACUCACAGAAGAGGGCGGCAUGGCGGAGCCAGCAUGGCAAUUCGAGCAGGAUGAAUUGGCAGGUGCUGGCAUGGUGCCGACAGAAGGUCCUCAUGCGGAGGUAAGUCCAGCGAAGCUUCACUUUCAAGCUGAUGUGAAGAGGCAAUCUGCACAGAUGCUUCGGCUCCGGAACACCGGCACAGCAGUCGUGCAGUUUGAGUGGGUGCAGAACUUGCCGGAGCAGAGCUUUCAGGAGUCAAUCCUACCGCAAGAUGGUACUCCGUACUUCACCUGUCAUCAAACUUCUGGGCGCAUCCUUCCGGGUGAAGUUGUGCAGACCAUGUUUUCCUUCACCGCGGACAAACCGGGGACCUUCACAUCAUCUUGGUGCUUGAAGACCUACCCUGAGCUCAAGGAACCCAUCACUCAACUGGCGAUGAAUGCCUCCGCAACUCUGGGUGAUCUUCACUGGGAGAGGAGAUCCGCACUGCAGGAAUUCAUCAAGAAGGAGCAGACCAUCAGCCUCGCCUCCGAACUUGCUGAAGACAUUGUGGAAGCCGUCCGGCUUCAACCGCCUCCUCUUCCACCUUUGAGCGAGCCAGCAGUGCAGGAACGUCUCUUCGAAGAGGUCAACGCAGCGGACGGCCUCUUCUGGUCGCCUCAGACCUGGGACACGCUGAGCGCCUUAAGAGAGCAGGUUGAGAGCAUGGUGCCAGCGCGAAAACAAACAGAUGAAGGCGCCAAGAUUCCCACUUUCGUGCCGCGACCGGGACGUGGUCACGCGCCCAAGCCCAAGGUGGAGCCCCCCUCCGCCGCGGAGCCCUUGCCGCCUUUGGAGUCCCUGGGUGUGCCGUCCAUCAGCAGGAUGCGGCAACAGCUCGAUCAGUUGCCGGGCACGGAGCCUGGCGCUGAAAAACCAGCGGAGAAGUUCGAGGUCAUGCGGAAGCUUGAACGCGCUGGUCGAACUGCUAGGCAGUGCCCAUUGGAGCGUUCACCGGUGUGGUGGAUGGCCUACGAGACGGUCAUGGAGAUCGCCCUGACGGUGCCCAGCAAAUGGGCCGCCACGCGGCAGCGCAACGGCCUGGAGCCAGUGCCCUUCCUGGCACCACCUGAGGAUGAUGCUUCUCCCGAAGAACUGGAGGAGUACAACCUCAAGCUGGAGGAAAGAAAGUCAAAGCUGGCGCCGGAGGAGAAGGAGGCUGAAGUUCGUGACAUCUUCUGCCGCGGCUUCGCAAAGAACAAGUUUGGCCCGGCCUGUGGCAGGUUUGGUGCUGUGGCCAAGGAGGCCAGUCUGACCACCCGCAUGACCCGCGCUGGCACCUUUUCGUUGGGAGAUCGGCUCAGGCCACACCUGGGUCGCCUGUCUUCGGAGGCCAUCGAAAUGGCCAGUAAUGUUGUCCUGUACGAACUGGACAUGGGGUUCAUGGUGCCGCCGCUGGCUGCAGAUGGCGAGGAGCGUCCUUCGCUGAUUCUGCAGGGUAGCGACUUGGAACUGCUGAAGCAACGGCUGCGAGGUGUGGUGUCGGUGCUGGAAUCCGUGCCCCUGGCGGUGCUGGUGACGGUACACCUGGGCGAGCCAAAGCCGGACAAGUCGGGUCGAGGUGGGUGGGAUCGGGACUUUGAGUGGAAAAGGAAACAGACUGGCUUGCGGAUAGACAGGGAGCUCCAAGGGGUGAAGCCGAACAAAAAGACCUAUGACAUCAACAUCACCGAUGGUGCAUCAGAAGAGACAGCAAUGGUUCUCUCGGAGAACGAUGGCCGCGAUGAGGACACCGUCUUCCAAGUCAUGUAUGAUGAGGGAGAUGAGGAUGCAAUCUUCAUCAAUGACUUUGAGGAGACGCUCAUCGAAGUUGCUCAGGAGUCUCCAGAGCUUGCAAGCUGUUAUGCAACGUACCUUGAGGCCAGAACAAGACUCAGGGAACGAGCACGAAUCAGGGGCUUCUGGCCGAUGAGUGGUCCAGGUGCCAGCAAGGGCAAGGGGAAGAAAGGAAAGAUGGGGUCCAAGGGCACCAAGUUCCGAUCUUUAGCAGAUCGAAUUGCCUCAUCAGCCUGCAGGAAAUGUGGACAAUUUGGGCAUUGGAAGCGUGAGUGCCCCCUCAACCUCACCAAGGGGGACAGCAAGGGCAAGGGCACCACGGAGACCAUCUCCAUCGCAGAGGCGCUCUUUGCCCAUCCCGAAGAUCAGGAGGAUCAGAUGCCUGCCAUGGAGUUGAUCGACGAGCUCCCAGAAUCUGCCGAGGACUUAGGUCUCCAAUCAGAUCGAGUGUACAUGGAUGCACCCGAUCGGCAGUACAAAGUCCCACCAGGGAUCACGAAUCUGCAGCAGUGGGGCGAGACCAAGAUCCCCUCGGGAGUUCAACAGGGACAGACCUUUGCGGAGGUGUACAACAAUCAUCCCUGUUACAUUUUCCAGAUCCGAAACCGCAAAGCAGUGUCACCGUGGCUGAGGAAUCUACAGAACUACGUGAUUGCCCGGCAGAAGUACGAAACACUGAAUCAGAUUCCCAUUCUGCCAUCAUCGGCAGGAUCGGGGCAGUCAUCGAAGUCACCGACAACCACUCGACCUUCGGUACCUCAGGGAAAGACCGAGACAGGGUGGGAAGUGAUCACCAAGACAGGAGCAUCGUCCGCCAAUGCCAAGAAGACUCAGGCAUCCAAGCGGACCACAUCCGAUUGGGAGCAGCCCAACAAGACCAAGAUGACCGUGGAACAGAAUGCCGAGCGAGUGCAACAGAUCCAGACACAGAUUGCCCUCCUUCAGAGGGAGCUGGCGCGAGAGACUCAGAUUCCGGAGGAAGAGGACAUCUGGAGUGUAAAGGCACCAGGUGAACCUUGGGUGAAAGUAUCUGCCUAUGCUGCUGCCUAUACUGCGGUUUUUGCACGAAAAGUGGUCCAGGGCAUUAUCAAGAGUUUGGGGAUGGGAGAAAAACCUUUAAUCCUCGAAGAAUUGUUGGUUGGAGAAGAACUUUCAAAGGGGACCAAGCGACCAGUGGCACAAGAAGUUUUGGAAAUGCGGCGGUGUCGGCGGCGACAUGGGACAAAGAGUCCUCCGUUCCCUGAGGACAUGGAUGAAGAUUCUUCAACUGGAGCUCAUGUGGUGGAUUGGAAAGGGGUAAUCACCAGUUUUGAGAGGGAUGUUCCAAGGGUUGGUGCGGCAUACUUUUGGAGGGAUGACCCCCGGGUUGUUCAACUUCAAGAGCAAUAUCCACAAAUCAACAUCCAAUUUGUCCUCUUGUGUCGGGGCACCGAAAGGUACCGAGUUCCAAAGAAUGACAUCAUUCGGGAUGAUAUCCCCCUUCGUAAAACUGUGGUUGUCCAUCGGCAAAGCGGUGAGGUCCAAGAUUUGGGUGAUUUUGAAGAAUGGCAGCAACUCUCAAAGGCCAAACAGGUGAGAAAGGCAGUCCCUGCGAAGAUUUCCAUCAGUGUUUUUGGGAAAAGGUGUCUUUUGGAUGUACCUGUUGUGGAAUCUCAAGAAAUGCCUGAUGUUGAGAUGCAUGCGCCUAUCACCCAACAAGAGGGAUCCUCUGUUCCAAGUUCAAUGACGGUUCUGGCCAAUUCUCAACAGAAAACAGUAGAAGACAGCCAGCCCGAAGCAGAAGCGUUGGUUCCUGGAUGGGCCCCGAAAAUUGUUCCGAGGCAUGGGCCCGCUUUUAGAGCACUUAGUGCACAGCAGAGAACCGAUUUGGUCCGAUUGCAUCGUAAUUUGGGCCAUCCAGAUCCAGCGAGACUGCAGCGUCUCCUCCUCGAACAGGGUGCCGAGCCAACUGUGGUGCAAGGCUUCACUCCAGAGCAGGCGCUGCUGGGCAAAGCCCGAGCUCUGCCGGCUUCGCUGACCGCCGACUCCCAGGCAGGAGCUCACCUCUUGGCUGAGAGCUCAACGCCAGAGGGAGUGCGUUUCAGAGCUAGUCUAGAGCGUAGGGAGCAGGCAAGGCGAGCCUUCAUCAGGGCGGACAAUGACAGCUCUUGCCGGCGUGCGCUCCUCCGGAGGAGUCGACCAGGCACGAUAGAAAAACGUGCCAAGGCACGACUGGUGAUUCUGGGAUUUGAAGACCCAGACAUCUCCUCAGUCCCGAAUGAUGCUCCAACGUUGAGCAAGGAUGGAAAGCAGUUGAUUUUGCAGAAGGUUGCAAGCUGUGGCUGGACUUUGAUCAAUUUUGAUGUUUCAACAGCUUUUCUGAAAGGAGCCGGGGACGGGAGACCACUUGGGAUACACCCACCACCUGAGAUUGCAGCGGCCCUGAAAAUGACAGCCAUGGACCAGUGCGGUUUGGAAGGGGGAGCCUAUGGGCGCAUCGAUGCACCCUAUCUUUGGUAUCAAUCAUUUAGGGAGACCCUGGAGAGUUUGGGGUUCAUGGUUUGUCCACUGGAUGGCUGUGUCUUCUCGCUUGUGACACAAGACUCACAAGGCCGACCUUGGGUGCGUGGUGUGUUAGGCAUACAUGUGGACGACGGGAUCGGGGGCGGAGAUGACUACUUCAUGAGUGUCAUAGAGCAGUUGCGGGGAAAAUACUCGUUUGGGGCAUUUAAUACUGGGGAAUUUGACUUCUGUGGUAUCCACUAUCGUCAAUGGAGGGAUGGAAGUAUUGAGAUGUGUCAAAAGAAGUAUAUCGAAAGAAUAGACCCGAUCCAAGUCCAGUGA